UUAAAGGAGGCCAACCUGAAACAGCUAGGCCGGACGCUGGAUCAAAUGGAAAGUUCAAUCGAUUAAUUUGCCCACUAUUUUUUGCAUGUUCCCGCUUGCUUCUGGAAAACGACGGAGACCGACUUAAAUGCGGGCGUUUCGGCGUGAAAUAGGAAAUGCAGAGAUCGUGUGAAACGAGGGGAUUAGCAGCUUGACUUAUUUGGUCGCUACUUCGGACGCGGAACUCCACUCGCUAAAAGGUGAAUCAUGACAGAAUAUAAGCUGGUAGUGGUGGGAGCUGGUGGCGUUGGCAAGAGCGCACUUACUAUUCAGCUCAUCCAGAAUCACUUUGUGGAUGAAUAUGACCCCACCAUUGAGGACUCCUAUAGAAAGCAGGUCGUGAUCGACGGGGAGACGUGUCUGCUGGACAUCCUGGACACUGCAGGUCAGGAGGAGUACAGCGCCAUGAGGGAUCAGUAUAUGAGGACAGGGGAGGGCUUCCUCUGUGUCUUUGCCAUCAACAACACCAAGUCCUUUGAGGACAUUCACCAUUAUAGAGAACAGAUUAAGCGGGUGAAGGACUCCGAGGACGUCCCCAUGGUGUUGGUGGGGAACAAGUGUGACCUCCCGUCCCGGACAGUGGACACCAAGCAGGCUCAGGACUUAGCACGCAGCUACGGCAUUCCCUUUAUUGAGACCUCAGCCAAAACCAGACAGAGAGUGGAAGAUGCCUUUUACACUCUGGUACGGGAGAUCAGGCUGUACCGGCUCAAUAAGCUCAGCAAGGAAGAAAAGACUCCGCGCUGUGUCAAGCUUAAAAAGUGUGUUGUGAUGUGAAAGGGGGCGUUGAUGAUGCCUUUUACACAUUAGUGCGAGAAAUCCGGAAGCAUAAGGAGAAGAUGAGCAAGGAGGGCAAAAAGAAGAAAAAGAAGUCCAAGACAAAGUGUACACUUAUGUGAAUAAUCACCCCUUUUCAAGACAGACUAAAAAAAAAAACAGAACUAUGUUGAACAGUUAAAGUAAUACAUUUUGUACAUUACACUAAAU